AAGAGGGCAGAAAACAUAGGUCUCUGAGGAGUGAGUUUGAGGUGAGGCAGACUUAGGUCUGACCCCUGGAUGGACACCAGAUUCUUGGCCCUGGACCUAGACACCUAACUUCUUGUCUCUGAAAGUUAGGAGGGGAGGGAGUGGGCCUCUAUCACCUAAUUGGGCCACACAGAGGAAGGAGGUGAUGGAGAAACAGGAUAUGGCCUUGAUGGGUAGAUGGAAGGGAGGCUUGCCGCAGAGGCCACUUCCAGACCCAGGCCCAGAGUCACAGUCCUUGCUGAGGAGGAAGGCUCCUCCCUGCUGGGCCCGGUCAUCUAGUCUGGCCACCUGUGCUGCUCACCAAGACCUGCCUGCACCAGCCUGAGGGAAGGAGAGGGGGCAGAGUCCAGAAGGUUCCCCCAGGCACCAUGCCAGCCCCAUAGUACCACCCACCCCACCCACUGUGGUCUGCUGCACCCUACUGCUGGGGCGCUGGUUCCAAUGAGACAGGGCACACCAAACUCCCAUCUGGCUGUUACUGAGGCGGAGACACGGGUGAUGAUUGGCUUUCUGGGGAGAGAGGAAGUCCUGUGAUUGGUCAGGUCUCCGGAGCUCGCCGACGCCGGGAGAGAAAGCUCCCACGGAGGCCGGAAUUGGCUGUGAAAGGCCCUGGGCGACCAUCUGGGGGCAGUGGGCACUCCUGUCAGAGCGGCUGGAGCCGGACCAUCGCCCCAAGGAGCUGGGGCAGGGGGCCGUGCCCGAUCUCUGGGGCCACUGCUGACCUGGCUGGAUGCAUCGGGCAGUGGACCCUGCAGGGGCCCGCGCUGCACGGGAAGCCUUUGCCCUUGGGGGCUUGAGCUGUGCUGGGGCCUGGAGCUCCUGCCCGCCCCAUCCCCCUCCUCGGAGCGCAUGGCUGCCUGGAGGCAGGUGCUCUGCCAGCAUCGGGCAGCCCCCACUCCCUGCUCCCCUACCUCCUUCACACGGCAGUAGCUCUGGCCACCCCAACAAACCGUAUUAUGCUCCAGGGACACCCACCCCAAGACCCCUCCAUGGGAAGCUGGAAUCCCUGCAUGGCUGUGUGCAGGCAUUGCUCCGGGAGCCGGCCCAGCCGGGGCUGUGGGAGCAGCUUGGGCAGCUGUACGAGUCAGAGCACGACAGUGAGGAGGCUGUACGCUGCUACCACAGCGCCCUUCGAUACGGAGGAAGCUUGGCUGAGCUGGGGCCCCACGUCGGCCGACUACAGCAGGCCCAGCUCUGGAACUUUCAUGCCGGCUCCUGCCAGCACCGACCCAAGGUCCUGCCUCCCCUGGAGCAAGUGUGGAACUUGUUGCACCUUGAGCACAAACGGAACUAUGGGGCCAAGCGGGGGGGUCCCCCGGUGAAGCGAGCCGCCGAACCCCCGGUGGUGCAGCCUAUGCCUCCUGCAGCACUCUCAGGCCCCUCGGGGGAGGAGGGCCUCAGCCCUGGAGGCAAACGCAGGAGAGGCUGCAACUCUGAGCAGACUGGCCUUCCCCCAGGGCUGCCGCUGCCUCCGCCACCAUUACCCCCAGCCCCACCCCCGCCUGGCCUAGCCACCAGCCCUCCAUUCCAGCUGACCAAGCCAGGGCUGUGGAGUACCCCGCAUGGAGAUGCAUGGGGCCCCGAGCGCAAGGGUUCAGCACCCCCAGAGCGCCAGGAGCAGCGGCACUCGCUGCCUCACCCAUAUCCAUACCCAGCUCCGGCCUACCCUGUGCAUCCCCCCGGCCACCGGCUGGUCCCGGCUGCACCCCCAGGCCCCCGCCCCCCAGGAGCAGAGAGCCAUGGCUGCCCACCUGCCACCCGUCCCCCCGGAAGUGACCUUAGAGAGAGCAGAGUUCAGAGGUCGCGGAUGGACUCCAGCGUUUCACCAGCAGCAACCACCGCCUGCGUGCCUUACGCCCCUUCCCGGCCCCCUGGCCCCCCCGGCACCACCACCAGCAGCAGUAGCAGCAGCAGCAGCCCUGGUCUCCGGGGCGUGGAGCCGAGCCCAGGCAUUCCCGGUGCUGACCAUUACCAAACUCCCGCGCUGGAGGUCUCCUCUCACCAAGGCCGCCUUGGGCCCUCAGCACACAGUAGUCGGAAACCAUUCCUGGCGGCUCCCGCUGCCACUCCCCACCUGUCCCUGCCACCUGGCCCCUCCUCACCUCCUCCUCCCCCUUGUCCCCGCCUCUUACGCCCUCCACCCCCCCCUGCCUGGCUGAAGGGCCCAGCCUGCCGAGCAGCCCGUGAGGAUGGAGAGAUCUUAGACGAGCUCUUCUUCGGGGCUGAGGGACGCCCCCGCCCUCCCCCGCCACCCCUCCCCCACCGCGAGGGCUUCUUGGGACCUCCGGCCCCCCGCUUUUCUGUGGGCACUCAGGAUUCGCACACCCCUCCCGCUCCCCCAACCACCAGCAGCAGCAACAGUGGCAGCCACAGCAGCAGCCCUACUGGGCCUGUGUCCUUCCCUACACCUUCCUAUUUGGCCAGAAGUAUGGACCCCCUUCCCCGCCCCCCCAGCCCAACACUGAGCCCCCAGGACCCACCUCUUGCACCCCUGACUCUUGCCCUGCCUCCAGCCCCUCCCUCCUCUUGCCACCAGAAUACCUCAGGAAGCUUCAGGCACCCGGAGAGCCCUCGGCCCAGGGUCUCCUUCCCAAAGACCCCCGAGGGGGGGCCGGGGCCAUCCCCAGGCCCCCUGAAUAAAGCCCCCCAGCCUGUGCCGCCCAGGGUUGGGGAGCUGCCUGCCCGAGGCCCUCGACUCUUUGAUUUCCCCCCUACCCCACUGGAGGACCAGUUUGAGGAGCCAGCUGAAUUCAAGAUCCUACCUGAUGGGCUGGCCAACAUCAUGAAGAUGCUGGAUGAAUCCAUUCGCAAGGAGGAGGAGCAGCAACGACACGAGGCAGGCGUGGUCCCCCCACCUCCUCUGAAGGAGCCCUUUACAUCUCUGCAGCCUCCAUUCCCCACUGACACAGCCCCAGCCACCACUGCUGCCACGGCCGCUGCCGCCACCACCCCGGCCACCCAGGAAGAGGAGAAGAAGCCACCACCAGCCCUGCCACCACCGCCGCCUCUAGCCAAGUUCCCGUCACCACCCCAGCCACCGCCAACUGCGCGAGCCCCACCAGCCAGCCCGGCCAACCUGCUCAAGUCCUUGGCCUCCGUGCUGGAAGGACAAAAGUACUGUUACCGGGGGACUGGAGCAGCUGUUCCCACCCGGCCUGGGCCCUUGCCCACCACUCAGUAUUCCCCCGGUUCCUCUUCAGGUGCUACCGCCCCACCGCCCACCUCCGCGGCCCCGAGCGCCCAGGGCUCCCCACAGCCCUCCGCUUCCUCGUCAUCUCAGUUCUCUACCUCAGGCGGGCCCUGGGCCCGGGAGCGCAGGGCGGGCGAAGAGCCAGCCCCGGGCCCCAUGACCCCCGCACCCCCGCCCCCACCCCUGCCGCUGCCCCCUGCUCGCUCUGAGUCUGAGGUGCUAGAAGAGAUAAGUCGGGCCUGUGAGACCCUUGUGGAGCGGGUGGGCCGGAGCACCGCAGACCCGGCCGACCCAGUGGACACGGCAGAUCGAGCGGACAGCGGGACUGAGCGACUGCAGCCCCCAGCUCAGGCCAAGGAGGAGAGCGGUGGGGUGGCGGCCGCGGCACGACCAGGGAGCAGCAAGAGGCGGCAGAAGGAGCACCGGCGGCACCGGCGGGCCUGUAAGGACAGUGUGGGUCGGCGGCCCCGGGAGGGCAGGGCCAAGGCCAAGGCCAAGGCCAAGGCCCCCAAAGAAAAGAGCCGCCGAGUGCUGGGGAACCUGGACCUGCAGAGCGAGGAGAUCCAGGGUCGUGAGAAGGCCCGGCCGGAUCUGGGCGGGGCCUCCAAGGCCAAGCCGCCCGUAGCUCCGGGCCCUCCGCCAGUUCCUGCACCCUCUGUCCAGCCCACACCCCCGGCAGCCCCUGUCCCUGGGAAGAAGGCUCGGGAGGAAGCUCCGGGGCCACUGGGUGUCAGCCGGGCUGACAUGCUGAAGCUGCGCUCACUUAGUGAAGGGCCCCCCAAGGAGCUGAAGAUCCGGCUCAUCAAAGUAGAAAGUGGUGACAAGGAGACCUUCAUCGCCUCGGAGGUGGAAGAGCGGAGGCUGCGGAUGGCAGACCUCACCAUCAGCCACUGUGCUGCCGACGUCGUGAGGGCCAGCAAGAAUGCCAAGGUGAAAGGGAAGUUUCGGGAGUCCUACCUUUCCCCUGCACAGUCUGUGAAACCGAAGAUCAACUCGGAGGAGAAGCUGCCCCGGGAAAAACUGAACCCGCCCACACCCAGCAUCUAUCUGGAGAGUAAACGGGACGCCUUCUCGCCGGUGCUGCUGCAGUUCUGUACAGACCCUCGAAAUCCCAUCACCGUGAUCCGGGGCCUGGCAGGCUCCCUGCGGCUCAACUUGGGCCUCUUCUCCACCAAGACGCUGGUGGAGGCCAGUGGUGAGCACACGGUGGAGGUGCGCACCCAGGUGCAGCAGCCCUCAGAUGAGAACUGGGACCUGACAGGCACGCGACAGAUCUGGCCCUGCGAGAGCUCCCGUUCCCACACCACCAUUGCCAAGUACGCGCAGUACCAGGCCUCAUCCUUCCAAGAGUCCCUGCAGCAGGAGGAGAAGGAGAGUGAGGACGAGGAGUCCGAGGAGCCGGACAGCACCACGGGAACCCCUCCUAGCAGCGCACCGGAUCCGAAGAACCAUCACAUCAUCAAGUUUGGCACCAACAUCGACCUGUCCGAUGCCAAGCGGUGGAAGCCCCAGCUGCAGGAGCUGCUGAAGCUGCCCGCCUUCAUGCGGGUAACCUCCACGGGCAACAUGCUGAGCCACGUGGGCCACACCAUCCUGGGCAUGAACACAGUGCAGCUGUACAUGAAGGUCCCAGGCAGCCGAACGCCAGGCCAUCAGGAGAACAACAACUUCUGCUCGGUCAACAUCAACAUUGGCCCAGGAGACUGCGAGUGGUUCGCGGUGCACGAGCACUACUGGGAGACCAUCAGCGCUUUCUGCGACCGGCAUGGCGUGGACUACCUGACGGGUUCCUGGUGGCCAAUCCUGGAUGACCUCUAUGCUUCCAACAUCCCUGUGUACCGCUUCGUGCAGCGCCCCGGAGACCUUGUGUGGAUUAAUGCGGGGACCGUGCACUGGGUGCAGGCCACCGGCUGGUGCAACAACAUCGCCUGGAACGUGGGGCCCCUCACCGCCUAUCAGUACCAGCUGGCCCUGGAACGAUACGAGUGGAACGAGGUGAAGAACGUCAAAUCCAUCGUGCCCAUGAUUCACGUGUCCUGGAACGUGGCUCGCACGGUCAAAAUCAGCGACCCCGACUUGUUCAAGAUGAUCAAGUUCUGCCUUCUGCAGUCCAUGAAGCACUGCCAGGUGCAGCGGGAGAGCCUGGUGCGGGCCGGGAAGAAAAUCGCCUACCAGGGCCGGGUCAAGGACGAGCCCGCCUACUACUGCAACGAGUGCGACGUGGAGGUGUUCAACAUCCUGUUCGUGACGAGUGAGAACGGCAGCCGCAACACGUACCUGGUGCACUGCGAGGCCUGUGCGCGGCGCCGCAGCGCAGGCCUGCAGGGCGUGGUGGUGCUGGAGCAGUACCGCACGGAGGAGCUGGCGCAGGCCUACGACGCCUUCACGCUGGUGAGGGCCCGGCGGGGCGGGGACCCGAGGGGGCGCCGGGGCGGGCCGGGCCGGGGGUGGGCGAUCGCGCAUCCUGAGCUCCGCCUGCUCUCUCCCGCAGGCCCCGGCCAGCACGUCGCGAUGAGGCCGGACGCCCCGCCCGCCUGCCCGCCCGCAGGGCGCCGCGGGGCCACCAGCACACGCCUGGGCUGGACCUAGGUCCCGCCUCUGGCCGGGAAGGGGGUCGGGCCCAGCCCUUCCACCCCAUUGGCAGCUCCCCUCACCUAAUUUAUUAAGAAAAAGAAUUUUUUAAAAAACAAAUAUGAGGAAAAAAGGAAAAAAAAUGGGAGACGGGGAAGGGGGCUGGUAGCCCCUCGCCCACCAGCGCCUCCCCUCACCGACUUUGGCCUUUCUAGCAACAGACACAAGGACCAGGCUCCGGCGGCGGCGGGGGUCACAUACGGGUUCCCUCACGCCUGCCAGCCGCCCGCCCGGCGCAGAUGCACGCGGCUCGUGUAUGUACAUAGACGUUACGGCAGCCGAGGUUUUUAAUGAGAUUCUUUGUAUGGGCUUUACCCCUCCCCCAGAACCUCCUUUUUUACUUCCAGUGCUAGCUGUGACCCCUGUACAUGUCUCUUGUUUAUUCACUUGGUUAUGAUUUGUAUUUUCUGGGUUUUUUGUUUGUUUUGGUUUUUAAUUUAUAACAGUCCCACUCACCUCUAUUUAUUCAUUUUUGGGAAAACCCGACCUCCCGCACCCCCAAGCCAUCCCGCCCGCCCCUCCAGGGACCGCCCGCCGCCGGACCCUCCCUGCGCCCCAGUGUGUGUCCGGCCCCGGCCCGUCCGUCUCCGCCCGUCCGCCCGCCCGCGGCUCCAGCCGGGUUCUCAUGGUGCUCAAACCUGCUCCCCUCCCCUACGUCCUGCACUUUCUCGGACCAGUCCCCCACUCCCGACCCGACCCCAACCCCGCCUGAGGGUGAGCGACUCCUGUACUGUAGGGGAAGAAGUGGGAACUGAAAUGGUAUUUUGUAAAAAAAAAUAAUAAUAAUAAAUAAAUAAAAUAAAUUUUUAAAGUUUUAAAGAAAGAACUAUGAGGAAAAGGAGCCCCGUCCUUCCCAGCCCCGGCCAAUUUUAAAAACACGGACCUUUCCCUUACAACCCACCCCCCUUUUCUUUCUAAGCGUGAAACAGCCCAGGGCCACGGCCUCACUGGGGCAGGGACACCCCGGGAUGAGUUUCUCUGGGGCUUUAUUUUCGUUUUGUCGUUUGUUUUUUUUCUCCUCCACGCUGGGGCUGCGGAGGGGUGGGGGGUUUACAGUCCUGCCCCCUCGCACUGCACUGUCUUUCUGCCCCAGGGGCAGAGGGGUCUUCCCAACCCUACCCUUAUUUUCGGUGAUUUUUGUGUGAGAAUAUUAAUAUUAAAAAUAAA